CGUUCCGAUAACUACAGUACGUACAAGUUCGCGUUACGUCGUCGCCGUAGGAACGGAAGUCCGUCGUACGCAUUUGCGCAUGCGCAAAGGAGCCACCUCCAGCUCCUCGCCUGCUGAGCCAGUUCAGCUGACACCAGGCAGCCAAGAGCGGCGCAUCACCAACAUCUCUCGGCGGAAGAUGAUGGCAGAUUCUGGAAGUCACGGAGAACAAGUGGCGGUCAUCGGCAACGCUGACAACACGGAGGCGGAGAACAACAUCAUCAACACGAUGGUGGAAAAGGGGACGUCGCUGUUGAAGAAGCUGGAGAUCAAUGUGGCGGAGGCUGAGAAGAGAACGGGCAAGAACACGGUCAACAUGCAGGAAACCUACACCGUCUACCUCGUAGAGACACGACCAUCUGAAACAGUCCCUAAUGUCUCUCCAGCCACCACACCUGACACUCUGUGGCGACGCUACAGUGAGUUUGAGCUACUCAGAACGUACCUGUUGGUCACCUACCCGUACAUCAUCAUCCCUCCGCUGCCAGAGAAAAGGGCGGAGUUUGUGUGGCACAAGCUGUCAGCUGAUAACCUCGACCCGGAUUUUGUCGAGCGGCGGAGAGUGGGCCUGGAAAACUUCUUGCUGCGUGUGAUGUCACAUCCCGUCCUCUGUGAAGACAAGAUAGUUUUCCUUUUCCUUACAGAGGAGAAGGGUUGGCGGGAUGCAGUUUUGGAGACAGGUUUCCAAGACAAGGCUGAUUCCAGACUGAAGUCCCUGAGUGCCAUGUUUAGAGUCAAGAACCCUGACAAGCGCUUUACAGCACUGAAACAAUAUAGCGAUGAACUGAACGCUGCCAUCUCUCAACUUCUCAGGGUCAGAGCGAGAGUAGCAGACAGGCUGUAUGGCGUCUACAAAGUCCAUGGCAACUAUGGACGAGUCUUUAGCGAAUGGAGCGCUAUAGAGAAAGAGAUGGGAGAUGGACUACAGAGUGCCGGUCACCACAUGGACACGUACGCGGCGUCAAUAGACGACAUUUUGGAGGAAGAAGAGCACUACGCCGAUCAACUGAAGGAAUAUCUCUUCUACACCGAGGCUGUGCGGUCAGUGUGUAGGAAACACGAGUUGAUCCAGUAUGAGUUGGAAGUAGCAGCUCAGGACCUGGCCUACAAGAAGCAGCAGAGAGAGGAGCUGGCCACUGGGAUGGUGCGUGUCUUCUCCCUGAAGGGGAUGACCAGUAAACUGUUUGGCCAGGAGAGCCAGGAGCAGAGGGAGAGCAGGCUGGCGGCCUUGGAGCAGAGCAUCCAGGAGGGAGAGCAGACGCUCAAGGAGAAAAACACAGAGUGCCAAGAGUUUGUGCAAACAGCCUGGGAGGACAUCGAGCGUUUUAAGGAACAGAAGGACAGAGAUCUGCGCGAGGCACUCAUCAGCUACGCCAUCAUGCAAAUUAGCAUGUGUAAGAAGGGAAUCCAGGUGUGGUCCAAUGCCAAGGAAUGUUUCAACAAAAUGUGAGCCACUUUCCAGCCAAUCACCACCCCAUCCAAAAAAAAACAAUAUUUCAACUCAAAUGUUCAGCCGAUCAGUUGAUGUCUGACUACUAUAUUUGGAGAUGGACUACUUUGAUUUCGGAAGCUAGUCCCGAAACACACGCUCGUCGUGAACCAUUUGGUCCAAUCCUUCAUGUUCCAAUCCAAGGUUUGUCUCCAGCUUCUCUCAGUAUGAUGAGGUGAUCAUUUCAUCCAGAGAGCAGGUACUAGUAACACGUGACGCUUAAUACGAAGUACAAGAGCUGUUCUUUGUGGAUAACAUCGUGCUAUGAUGAAUGAUGCCUCAAACGUUCCAUUUGCGGUUUUUCCCACUCUAAAUCAAGGCGUGGGGAACCGACGGCUCGCGGGGCCGUACGCCGCCUGCGAGAGAGCAUUUGAUCUGACCUGUUGUAAACUUCUUAAAUCAAAUAAAACCUCCGAGGAACUGAGGUGGGGCGGGAGUGUAAGGGGGAGAAAGGCUUCCCACCCCUGAUCUAAAUAAACUGCAAUUCAUUGUGUCAAAUACGUAACCCUGAUAAGAAAUGCCACAUUACUCCGCCAAAGCCUUUAAUUUUCUGACAUAUGUUCUGACAAGGAGUAAACCUUGGUAAUUUAUUAUGACAUGUGCAAAUAAACUGCAGUGAGUGAGCGCAAGUGAAGGUUGCCAUUUUGGUGUGUAAUGUACUUUUUUUUUUUUUUUUUUUUUUUUCUCCCUUUCCUUUCCUGAAUGACUGAAACAUUACCGCUAACUGUCCCAUCCAACAAGUUACCAAAGUAUGCAUGUACUGUACAUGUUGGCCCUUAAUAAUCACUUUACAACAUGUACGUCACAAAAAUGGUAACGGCCAAAUCAAAUCUGAUCAAAUUGUGAAUGACAAACAAAAAUGUUGAAGCUUUAUGUUGUUUUUCCAAAUGGAGUUGUUUCAAGGGAGAUAAUUUUUGUACAUUAUUGUAAUCAUUGUGAUAAAACGCUAAUAAUAAACAUUUUUGUGAAAAGAAAAGUUCUACGUGUUGUAUUCAGGAUAAUACUUAAUACUAACAAUCACUCAGGUAAGAUCAUGUUUUGGGAAAUAACAGUUGAUGGUUAAAUUGGGUUUCAGUUGUGCAGCUGUGAGAUUGUUUGAUUGAAAUCCACCACAUUGUGUGCCAACUAUUUGAGCACUUUAAAUAAAAGUAUUUUAAUUCA